UUAAUUCUCUUCUUCAAUUCCAUUGUUUGAGAGAAGGAGAAAGCUGCUAUGGCUCUGCCCUCUGUUCCUUGUUUAUUCUUUCUGUUUCCCUUAAUGGCCGCCUUUUACUUAGCUCAUGGAGAAGGUGAGUCGCCAUCUAACUGUUCGAAGGAAUUCUCCUGUGGAAAUAUAGGUUAUCUGGAGUCCCCUUUUGCUAAACACACGCAGGCUGAUUGUGGUUUAGUGGCAGUAAAUUGUGAUACAACACCUCCAAAAAUCCAGUUGGAAAAGGGGGAAGAUUGGUAUCACCUUCAGAAAGUGAAGAAAGGCUGGGGUGUCUUUACAAUCACUGUUGAAGACUCAAAGCUCCAGGGACUCUUUGACAGACGUAAUUGCAAAAUCUUAAACUACAGCAUCCAAUUUCAGAGUUCUCCUUCUAUAACACUCCGCAAUUUUGAGCCAUACGAAUCCAGCACCUUUUUAAAAUGCAAUGAUCACAGUCAAGCUUAUGAUGAUCUCUGCAAUUAUGAAAGGUAUAACAACUGUACUGAAGGAUACAGUUUGUACUAUAAACGUCCAUUGAUUACAGAGGAUCCCGCAUGUAUUCCUGAUAGCUGUAUCCCGUUGCCAAUUCCAAUUUUUAUUCAUCAAACAAAUGAUAUUUUAACUGCUGGAUUUGGAGUGGAAUUACAAGUCACAGAAGCGUGCUAUUACUGUCACUAUGGAGGAGGGCAAUGUAGGGCAGAUAGCAACAAUGAAUUUCAAUGUAAAAAAGAUGAGUUGCCAUCUAACUGUACGAAGGGAUUCCUGUGUGGAAGUAUGGGUUAUCUGGAGUUUCCUUUUGCUCAACAAACGCAGCCUCAUUGUGGUUUAGUGGCAGUAAAUUGUGAUACAACUCCUCCAAAAAUCCAGUUGGAAAAGGGGGAAGAUUGGUAUCACCUUCAGAAAGUGAUUAAAUUCCGGGAUGUCGUUACAAUCUUUGUUGAAGACUCAAAGCUCAGGGGACUCUUUGAGAGACGUAAUUGCAAAAUGUUAAACUACAGCAUCCAAUUUCGGAGUUCUCCUUCUAUCACACUCCGCAAUUUUGAGCCAUACGAAUUCAGCACCUUUUUAAAAUGCAAUGAUCACAGUCAAGGUGAUCAUGAUAUCUGCAGUUAUGAAAGGUAUAAAAACUGUACUGAAGGUUACAGUUUGUACUAUAAACGUCCAUUGAUUCCAGAGGAUCCCGCAUGUAUUCCUGAUAGCUGUAUCCCGUUGCCAACUCCAAUUUUUAUUGAUCAAACAAAUGAUAUUUUAACUACUCGACUUGGAGUGGAAUUACAAGUCACAGAAGCGUGCUAUCACUGUUACAAUGGAGGAGGGCAAUGUAGGGCAGAUAGCAACAAUGACUUUCAAUGUAAAAAAGAUGAGUUUUUGCCAUCUAAUUGUACGAAGGGAUUCCUCUGUGGAAGUAUGGGUUAUCUGGAGUUCCCUUUUGCUCAACACACGCAGCCUCAUUGUGGUUUAAUUGUGGUGGAUUGUGAUGCUAAACCACUUCCAAAUAUCCAGUUGGAAACGGGGGGAGAUUGGUAUCAGCUUCUGCGUGUGAAACCACCUGUCUGGGGUGACUAUGUGAUCUUCCUUGGAGACUUAAAGCUUCAGAGAUUCCUUGAGUACCCUCCUAAUUACUCAAAUUUAAACUACACCCUCCAACUCCCGAAUUCUCCUUCUAUCACAUUCCACAAUUUGGAAGCAAAGGAAUUGCCCCCCGUUUUGAAAUGCAAUUACAGUGAAGCUGAUGAUAUGGGCAAUUAUGAAAUGUAUAACUGUACUGAAGGAUUUAGUUUUAGUUUGAACUAUAAACGUCUGUUGAUUCCAGAGAAUCCCAAAUGUGAUACUGUUUACUGUACCCUGUAUCCAACUCCAAUUCUUAUUCAACAAAAAAUUGAUGUCUUAACUGCUCAAUUUGGAUUGUACUUGGAAGUCUCACAAACUUGCCAUCAGUGUUACCAAGGAGGAGGCCAAUGUAUAGAAGCCGGCAAAAAUCAAUUUCAUUGUGCAAAAGGAAACACAAGAAAGAGAAAGCUGAAACGACUAGUUCUAGUGGCAGGCGGAGCAGCACUGGUCCUCAUCAUGUUCACCCUACUACUAUUUAUUAUCAAGAAACUGUCAUCGUUUUGUUCUAAAAGAAAGAAGUAUCAAGAGACACCAGAGUUUUUAAACCGCCAUGGCUUCCUUGCCCUUAAAAGAUUCAGUUAUUCAGAAGUAAAGAAAAUCACAACUUCUUUCAAGGAUGAACUUGGUCAAGGAGGUUUUGGCUCUGUAUAUAAAGGAAAAUUGCGCAAUGGAAGCCUUGUGGCAGUUAAGGUUUUGAAGGAACUAAGAGCCAGUGGAGAAGAUUUCAUCAAUGAGGUGGCAAGUAUUAGUAGGACUUCUCAUGUCAAUAUUGUCACUCUAAUUGGAUUUUGCAUUGAAGGUAGAAAAAGAGCUCUUGUUUAUGAGUUCAUGCCUAAUGGAUCCCUUGAGAAAUUCAUUUAUAACACUGAUCCUUUGACCGGUCGUCAAUUAGGAUGGAACAUGUUAUAUAAAAUUUCAAUAGGCAUAGCUCGUGGUUUAGAGUACUUACAUCGUGGCUGCAACACUCGAAUUCUACACUUGGAUAUAAAGCCUCAUAAUAUUCUUCUAGAUGAAGACUUCUCCCCCAAAAUUUCUGAUUUUGGUCUUGCAAAGCUAUGCACCAAAAAGGAGAGCAUCGUGUCAAUCUUUGGUGCACGUGGAACUAUUGGAUAUAUUGCUCCAGAACUUGUUUGCAAAAACAUCGGAGGAGUUUCUCACAAGUCCGAUGUUUAUAGUUAUGGGAUGAUGGUUCUUGAGAUGGUUGGAGGAAGAAGGAACGUUGAUGUUGGAGUUAGCCGCAAUAGUAAAAUAUACUUUCCACAUUGGAUUUACUCACGGCUUAUAUUAGAUGAUGAGCUUGGAUUGAUUGGAGUAAUGAAUGAAGAGGAGAAUGAGUGUGCAAGAAAGAUGGUAAUAGUUAGUUUGUGGUGCAUACAAACUGAUCCAUCAACUAGACCAUCAAUGUCAAAGGUUGUGGAGAUGUUAGAAGGUAACCUAGAAAAUUUACAAAUCCCUCCUCAACCUUACCUCUAUUCUCCUGCAACAUCCGAGGAACAACAUUCAUCAGUUGUGUUUAUAAGCUAGUACUUGAUCUUUGGGUGCACUAUAUAUAGUUAUUAUAACAUUUCAUUCAUCUAUUAUAGUGUAGUAAAGCAUGUUCUGAAAGGA